AUGGAUGUCCUCACUCCGCCUGAAUGCCCUCCUCUCACCCCAAGCGAGUACCCUCGUAUUCCAACUCGAACGCCGCUUGCGACCCUUGAGAGAAUACGUAAAAUUUUCAUCAGUGGCGACAUCAAAAAAUUUCGAGAUGAUCUUGAUGCAAUAAGUUCUACGGAGGGCAAUUUCGACAUAUGCGACUUCCAUGCGAUCAUGGUCGAGGCCAUCACACGGGACGAUGCGCAGUUCACCAAAGAGCUUCUUGACCGUGGACUGCCCCCUGAUACUUUAUAUGUUUCGCAAGCAGUACGAGUAAAGGCAAAACAUGCUUUGGGCGUUUUCAUCUCCAGUGGGUGGGAUAUAAAUCAACCAAUGAGCGAGUUAAAACCUCCAGUACUUGGCGAUGCCAUUGCAGAUGAAGAGAUGGCAGCUUGGCUCCUAGAUCACGGAGCUGAUCCCAAUCGGCGAUGUCUCAUUGAUCUCACUCCACCCUCUCUUGCUGUCGAAAGCGCCCCAAUUUCAGUCAUUUCCCUCAUGUUCAGCCGUGGCGGAGACGUUGGAAAAGGCCGGCUCCUCCAUCACGCAAUCGAGCGGCAAUCAGAUACCAUCGAGGUCCUCAAGAUUCUUAUCGAGAAAGGUGCAUCUCUGGAUUCAACCGCAUACGAGGAUCAUCCCUCUUGGGCACUGUUCCACUUCAUGGGUCUUGGAACAGCUCUACACAAAGCAGCCGAGCUCGGUAAAGUGGAUGUCGUCAGCUACCUGGUCAGUGAAGGUGCCAGUCAGUGCGUCAAAGAUGCGAAUGGUCGAACAGCAACCGAUUGUGCACGGAUGUUGAAUCAGUGGCAAGUCGUCGAGAUUUUGGACAAGGAGAAGUAA